CCCCCCCCCCUCCCUUUUACUCAGUUUUGGGCGUUUGCUACUGCAAAAAUUGCAUUGGAGGCUUGAAACGGGACCUGGUGGAUGGACCCUGGCGAUCAAAUCAUCAACGAAAGUGACUUUCUCUGGGUGAGUCGUGAUGGAUCACACCGCACGCACACCUGGAUUCUCAGUUGCACUUUAUUCUCGUGUGACCCCGGAACCUUCGCUCCGACAUAUAACACCAACCAGCGUCAGUAGCCAAUCUUUUGGUUUGGCAGCUGGAAAUUGCCAAAGCCUGUUUUCUUUGUUUUUGCCAACUGAAGGGCCUUGCCUUGCCUACCCAGGUACCUCCUAUUGGAAAGAAAUACCCUGUUUUUAUCUUCGGCGAAGAUAUCAAGCAAGAUUCAGAGUCUUGAUGGGAAAUCAGAAUCAUCCCGGACUGCCCUACCAAAAAGCCUCCCGUUGCAGAAGACGACUAAUACAAACGGGUAGCGAAUCACCGCGCUCCCCCAAGUUAUUUCUCCCUUUCUCGAUUCCUUAGCUCCCCGAUCCUUGUCAGGUAACGAAACGACUGCCAUCGUCACUUCUAGACUUGUCUUUCUUUCUAUGCCUCCUCCUCACCUCUUAUAUGACUGCGAUCUCUGCGGACUGAGACCAGAGCUGAACUCUGCUCUACACCAAGGGUCCCGCAUUCAAUCCUUGGCCUAAAUCCAUUAGUUCAACUUUUCUCUUAUUUUACUCCUCUUUACCAAAGUCCACUCUUGUGUCAACUUACACAAACUCGCUGAAGAGACUGGCUUGUCAUCACCUCGGACAACAUUGAUCCUGACAUGGACCCAGCAGCCCGGAACGAGCAGCUGCUUGACCGGCGAUCACAGCUCACAGAAGGACUUUCUAGCCUACCCUAUGACUUGAUACUCUACCUCAACCGUGCCGCUAUCCACUCGGAUUUAGGAUAUCCGGACCUAGCAGCCGGUGAUGCAUAUCGUGCACUGUUACUAGCCGAUGAGGUUCUCAAUGAGGGCUUCGAAUAUCACGAGCAGGCCCUCGAGUCUUUGCAGAUGCAUACAGCAGUCCCUCUACCUGAUGUUCUAGCACACGGGAACCUUCCCCAAGAUGAGCUACAGAGCCCCGAGACUGACCUGAAAGUCGAAGAUGAGGCAGUCAAACGGUUGGCCAUAUUGGCCCAAGUUCGUGCAUAUCAGAUCCUUUCUUUAGGCCUGCUACUCUGUGGAUCACUACAGAGUGCUGCCAGCUUCUGCCAGCGUGGUCUCCAGCUCUCACCAUCUAAUCAAGAACUACUCGACACCAAGAACAACAUUGUCACUGUCGCCCGCAGAAGGCUCCGCCGUGAUGAUAUCGAUAUUGAUUACCCCAAUCUCCCCGAUCAAGGUCUCGUCCGUCGCGAGGUCUACCCCUGGAAUGACCACGAGCCUGAUCGUUUCGCUCCGGAAUCACUGGCUGAACUCAACGAGCGUUUGAGCUCCGUGGCACCAAAGUGCGUUGUCGAGGUUGCGACCUUACCUGUCCUGUUAGAAGGAGCGAGCAGCACCGAUGACUAUGAAAUUAUUCCAACAUGCAAGCAGCUUGGGGUCUUCGCCAAGGAGGACAUUGCCCCCGGCGAGGUUGUGCUGAAGGAAUACUCACUUCUCACGGCGAAUAAUCGCCUGAAGGACUCUAUUUGCGACGCGUGCAGUUCUGAUCUGCCACCGCUAGGCAGCGAGAACGAGCCCGUAAGCUGCCCUGAAUGCUACGAUACGGUGUUCUGCACUCAGUAUUGCUUUGAGCAAGCCAUGGAGAGAUAUCAUCCAGCGGUUUGUGAGAAGGAUGUCGAUGCAAUCGCCAAGGAUCCUGAUGCAUUUGAAGCGGACCAAACACUUUACCUUUUGCUGCUUUCUCGUGUCCUGGCUAUUGCUGCUCACGAGGAGGUGAAUCCUCUUGAUGUUCGAGAGGUCAAGUAUAUAUGGGGUGACUUUGUUCCGACUCGGACCAACGACAUCAACGUCUCACCGAAUGCCGGCCCGCCUCCUGAGUGGACGCUGCCCUUUUCUUUCAAAUACAAUAUCGAAACACCGCUCCACGUUUUGGAAAAGAUGGAUAUUGAUGUAUACUCUUUGCUCGCUGAGAACGAUCUAUGGGUUCUCAACACGCUAUACGCCAAGUUCAGGGGCACUGCUUCGGCUCGUAAAAGCCUUCGGGACGGUCGCCCUGAUGUCGCCGCAGUGCACCCAUAUUGGUGUCUCGCAAACCAUGAUUGCGACCCCAACGUCACAUGGGAAUGGGGCGGCCGCAUGGUUCUUGAAGCCAGAAAGGAGCGUGUUGUGGGUGGUCGUCCGGGAGGUAUAAAGAAGGGUGAGGAGAUUCUCAACCACUAUUGCGACGUCAAUUUGCCCGUGCAACAACGCCGGGAAUGGGCAAGGGGUAGUCUAGGCGGCUGGUGUAUGUGCAAACGGUGCCGCGAUGAGGCUGCCAUGGGAGAAGCAAACCAUGUUUGAGAAUUCCAUGCUGGGAAUUGGGAUUUUAUGAAGCACGGAGUAGGGGUUUCUACCUUUCAGGGAUAGGGAGGUCUAGAUAAAAUGGGUGGAUCGAUCAUAGCUAGUAUGCGCUUUGGAUUAGUAGGCAAGUGAAGAACAGAAAGUCUCAAGAUACCACAAUAUACGAAAGGUUCUUAUCAUACCAAAACUGAAGCCUAGCAGUCACCUCUCCUUUUCAUCAAGGCGCUAAUGAUACUGACUAUCCGUAGACAGUCAUGGAUAUGUCCGGGAAAUGGAUAUUAUCAAACCAAUGCCCACCAUUGAACAUAAGCAUUAGUUAAAAAUAGUUUGAAUUUUAUAGAGGCAUCACAAUCGAUC